CGCGUGCUGCCAUAAAACGCCAGGGAGCUCAUUGUGCGGAGUGAUCUGAUACGGACUACACCCAGCCGCCGCCUCACUGCCCUGGCUUUCUUUGCUGCCCCAGCCUUCGCGUUGGUCAACGUCGAAGUGUGGGUUAGAUUGGAGACUCUAAAUUAGCCUGGAGAUAUCUUUCACCUUCCCGACUCUGAAUCUUUUUUGGUAACAUUACCCGCGAAGCUAUAGUCUUUUUUAUAUAUAUAAAUUUAUAGCGUCAAUUUCUUGAAUAUGUCUUGGCAAAGCUACGUGGAAAACCUGAUGGCCGAUGGCAGCUGUCAGGAUAGCGCCAUUGUUGGGUAUACAGACGCCAAAUAUGUUUGGGCAGCGCAUGCCGGUGGUACAUUCAACAAUAUCACGUCUCAGGAAAUUGAUGUCCUUGUCGGAAAGGACAGGGAGUCGUUUUACACAAAUGGUCUCACUCUGGGCUCAAAGAAGUGUUCCGUCCUUAGAGACAGCCUCCAGGAUGAUGGCGACUGGACGAUGGACAUCCGGACAAAGAGCCAGGGAGGAGAACCUACAUAUAACAUUUCUGUAGGCAGAGCUGGAAAAGUUUUGGUUCUUGUAAUGGGCAAAGAAGGGGUCCAUGGAGGCGGCUUGAAUAAGAAGGCUUACUCAAUGGCAAAAUACUUGAGGGAUUCGGGCUUUUAAUGCUUUCAAGCUCACAUAGAUCCAAGUUGAGGGACAAAAAGAAGAGAAAAAAAAUAUUGCUGUUAAGAUUUCUCCUGCAAGCAGUCAAAUGUUUUGGAAACAUUUAAUAGCAGUGAAGAGUGAUAAGAUACUGUGUCACCUUUGUUCUCACCCCUUCAUCCUGUAUGGGGAGGGGGCGGGGCUCUUCUGUUUUGUUCAUUUGUCUAUUUUUUUUUUAUUUAUAUUUUUUUCCCCUUUGUGCUCCAGUAUUGGUUUUAGUCAUGGGAAAGGAGGCGGUCCAUGGUGGAAAUCUUAACAA